GCUUUAUCUAACGCGAACUUAAAUUACUCAUAAAUACUUAAUAAAUAAGCCUCAACUGAUAUUUUUGUAUAUCAACUUUUCUCUUUGUUUUUACCUUUGGAAUCGAUCUUCCAACGGAAUAUGACGUGCCUCAUGAGCAUAUCAACAUUCUGUAUUGUAACAAACGUGUUACUCAAGUCGAAUUCCCAGAUAAGAAAACAGUCGGUCAUACAAUCGAACAAGACACGCAUCAUUUUGUCAAUAUUGUUUACGCGUUAUACGAUUUUCAAAAAAUAUGGACCUCAAAUAACGGUGGGAUGAACACGUGCCAUCAUAUUAUCAGCAUGGAACAACACGAUCGAUGGAUGACGUAUAAACGUGCGGGUUUCGAUUCGACGGUUUUGGGAUGAUUUCUUAUCGUUGCACGAGGUAUACGCGCGUUCGCAACACAUUUUCACAAUCAGUGGCAUUGAGAACAGGCUGCCGGAUACUAGUUUUACAUCGCGAGUUAAUCGAAGUCAAAUGUGCAUUGGAUGUGUGGAAAUUUGGUGAAAAAAAAGGAUAAAAGAAUCGUUAAGUGCCUCCACGCCUCCACUUAGAAGCAGGUGCAUCCAGUGGCAAGAUAUAUUUUCAUAAAGGCUGAAAAAACGAUCCCACGGGUACUCGCCAACGAGACUCUUGGAACACAAUCCCAAUCGAACCCUAAUCCAACCAAGAUCGGGGAAGGAAAAGGGUUAUCCAUGUUAGUGCGCGUGUCCAAGGGCGUCGCCACUCGCGCCACUUCGUAGGGCGGUGGACAGGGACGCGGUAGUCGCGGUGUGGACGCGACCCAGUGCUCGUGUUCAUCGUUGGAGGAUCGUUGCCGAGAAGAUGAGCCUGGCGCGCCGGGAACCGAAUUAUGAUACAUGUGUCGUCGGAGAACACUCAACGAUACGAUCGUGUAAAACGGAAGGGUGCAGCGUUUCUUUCAAACUUUUUUAAAUCGAAAAAGCUGACGUUAGGUAUGAAGAUCAACGAGGACGAAGAGAUGGAACGUGCUCCGAAAGUCGAGACACCUGCGAUCAUCACAAACGCCUGCAGGCGUAGUGGCAGCGAAAAUGACAACCAAGUAUCAAGGAUUCCGUCGACAUUGAGCGUAGCAGCCGUCGAUGUUGUCGUUGCUUGUCAACCAUCACCGUCGCAUUCCAUUUUAACCUUGACACCUGGUAGAACACGAAACAUCGAUCAGGAUAUGGAGGCGCUUAGGCUAAGUCGACAGGAUAAUCCUUUCCUACAGGUAUUGGCGAGCCGCGAAAGUUUAGUGGAAUCGUUGGAGGAGUCCGAGUCCGAUGACGCCAUCCUGAUGUCUCAGGAAUUGGGUGACACCGACCCUUUAACUUUAGCCCAAGUGCAUGAACAUUUGGUCAGAAGUCCACCGCCCGCAUCGUGGCCUCACAGUACGACUUUUCAUUUCCCCCAUCAGAAUCAAACUACAUCUGGAAAGAACGAUGUGUUGGCGCAUUAUAAAAGCCCUUCGAAGACGACUUCGUGUCGCAACAACGAUCACGAACUGUCCAAAAGUGAGCCAUCCACGGAUAUUAGAGAUCGCCACUCGCACACAUUCUCGUUGUUACAUCCAACGCCGAUUCGUUCAUUAUCAGACGUUCGACGACUUCACAGAUCGGCAGAUGACAGCGUACAACUGAUGUCGAGUGAAUAAGAUGCAAAUAUGUCACGAUCCGCGGCCGGAUCGAAAUGGUUUUUCACGUUCAGAACGCGAAGCGUGCUUUGUUGGUGCUAAAAUACCUAUAAAAGUUCCCAAAUUGUUUCAGAAAAGUGUGUCCACGUUGAAAGGAUACUUAAAAACUCCUCGCCAAAUUUACGUAUGAUCGCGAUUCAUCGAAACGAUUUCUCGAGUUGCAAAUCUCGAAAAGAAAUAAUUUUUCGAAGAAUCAUAUAGAAAUUGAUAAACAGAUUGACUUGAUAAUGAAGAAGAUAUUUCACAUUUGAGUUGUUGAUGUGAAAAAAAUUUCGAAUGUUUCGUGUUUUAAGAGUCGUGAGUUGUAUUUACGAAAAGUAUACGACUUGAAAAAGAUUUGUAGAUUAUCUUAUGUUGCUUUUCAAAUAGUUUGAAUGUUCUUUGUUUCAGAGAAAAUGAAAAAAUCUUUGUUGCAAAAUCAAAAUAUUAUUAUGAGGCUUAAAAUCAUGAAAAAAAAGUAUUAUUAAAUAAUUUUAUUUCUUUUGAUAUUUUAUAGAUAUAAAUAAGUGAACUAAAAAUAUGUGUGUCAUAAACACACAUAUUUGUUUAAUAAGCAGCCAGUAUAUCACAAUUUUAAAUGCAAUAUGCUCACGACAACAUUAAAAAUUGUACAUAUAUGCUCUAUGACAAAAGAAGCGACAUCUAUUUCAUUGAUUUUUCAUAUAAAAUUUUAAGAUUAUUUAUUCUUCAAAAUAGAAAAAUAAUUGAUGAAAUUAUUGCCUACUUUUUGCAAAAAUGCAAAAAGUACACAUUUU